UUUUAUAACAAUGCAACGGUUGAAUCACAUAUUUAGUCGUGCUUCUGACAACUUGAUAUUCAUAUUUAUUUUCUUUAAAAAUAUCUUAAGAUGGUCUGCAAUAUAAAUACAUUAAAUAAAAAUUGUGUAUUAGUUAUUUGGAUUUUGGGAUUUUGUCUUCAGGCAUGCUUGGCAUCAGUAAACGUAUCAGUAUAUUACGAAACGCUGUGUCCGGAUUGUAUCAAUUUUAUUACGACUCAACUACAUCCAACUUAUCUAGAACUUGGUGAUCAGUUUGUUCAUCUGGACUUUAUUCCUUAUGGAAAUACAAAGGAAGAUGUUAUUAAUGGUACAACGACUUUCAUAUGUCAACAUGGCCCUAAGGAAUGCUUUGGUAAUGAAAUACAUGGAUGUGUUGUUUAUUUUGAAAGGAUCAACGUUACUGAACGAUUCAUAAAUUGUGCUGAGAGCGCUUAUGUUCCAACAUCCUUAAAUACGUUUAAAGAUUGUGCAAAUAAAUAUGGAGUUUCGUGGGCAAGAGUUGAACAUUGCAAUACCUCCGGUCUAGCAGAGAAAAUUCUAGGGGAAAAUGGAGCAAGAACCAAAUUAAUUCAACCAAAAUGGGUUCCAACUAUAGUUUUUAAUGACGUUUUUAAUGAAUCCGAUAAUAAUGAGGCACAAAGAAAUUUUAAAGCUGUGGUUUGUAGAUAUUUGGGAAACAAACCUGAGCAGUGUAGCAGUUUAAAUUCAAUUAAGAAUUUCUUUAGAAGUCAAGUUACAGUUGAAAGAAUAUAAAAAAAUUAACCUAUUUAUUAAUUAAAAUUUAUUUUAAGAAAAAAAUUUAGUAUAUUCACGUAUGGUUCAUACCUGGUGAAUGUCUUGUAACUAAUAGGCGUUUCAUAAAUAUUAAAAGUAUUGUUUAAUAAUUAAUAAAUUCUAUAUUAUUCCACAGACUACAAACUUAAAAGAUAUUAUUUCUGUAUGUUUCUGUAUGUAAAGAUGCUGACGUUUAAACGAUCAUAUUUCUGGAUUGUUCUUAGAGUGAUUGCUUAAAAUUAUCUGAUUUUGAUACCAACAGCGAAGUUUAAUUAUGUCGGACCUUUGUUAUUCAGAAUCUUAAACUCAAAAGCAUAUGUUUAGACAAUAUGAAGUGAAUGUCUCUCAUUAUGAAUAUAUAUGUCUUACCAAGACGCCUGCUUUGUACCUGUCAUGACUAUGGUACCACUUGCUGUUUACACCUUGAUACUAUAACCUGGAAUCUGCGUUAAAGUCCUGUUUAGGUGAUUUCCCAAAUAAAAAUUCGGUACAUUCGGACGUAAUGAAUUUGAUAUUCAUUUAUCAAAAUGAUAAGAAAAAGUUAAUGUAGGUAUAGAAAUUGGAUAGUAAUAACAACUAUAAAUAAAUAUUAUGUGUAGUCGCUGCCAAAAGUACAUAAUUUAAUUUGGUUACUCUACGAAGAACUGGUUCGAACCUGACAAACAAUGUAAAUAUCACAGAGUUGUGAUAGGUGAAAAACAGCAAUUUUGACAGGUUUGGUACAAAGUAAAUUAUGUCUGGCAUCGACAUAAGAUAACAUGAAAUAGUAUAACUAAUGCACCUUAGGAUAAUACAGUUACAGUAUCCUUGGGCGUAGUUUGGGUGAGGUGCUUGAAAUUUAAAUCGCUCCAAAAAUUAUUAAUGGUGGUGAAAUAAUUUUAAAUACUGUAAGUGUAAUUCAAACAAAUGUUUAUUUAAGAAUAAGGAUAAUUGCUAAUCUUUAUAAA